GGAGGCGGAGCAGCUGUUUUGUGUUUAUGUACAGCCACAGAUGUGUCCCAUCUCAGCAACUUUCUUAUUUGAUCAUCGAAAAAUUAAAGCAUGUUUUCAGUCAUGUUACCAACAUCACAAUGCUUCACAAGAGGCUCCAAGGCCAGCAAUCUAUUCUGUACACUGAGACUUAAAGAACAUGGAAUGUGCAUAUGGAAUUUGAAUUUAAGAUUUUUGAACAGUGCCAGCAACAACGAUGAAGCAGAUGUCACCAAACCAACUGGAAAUCAUGAAGAAAAUAAAGCUAGAGCAAAUAUCCUAAAAGAUACUAGCACAAACUCUAUGCACCAAAUUCUUCAUUUCCCCUUGAUGCAGGGUACAGAUGGGGACCUCUCUCCCCUCCUGCAAACAGAUGCAGGUCAAGUAAAUCUACCUACAGUUGACCUCCCCAGUAGCAUGAAGUCUGCACCAUCUGUAACUAAAAUACUGCAGGCUACCAUGCCCUCUGAACAAAUAUAUGUUCUUAAGCAAUGGGAAAAGAGGAUGAUCAGAGAACUAGGAGAAGAAGGAUUUGAGGAGCAAAGACGAGAGACAUUUCGCACAGGUCACAACCUGCAUUCAGCAUUGAGGGCAUAUCUAGGGGGUGUUCCAGAGGAAGAUGUCCCUGUGGUGCCCAGUAUCACAGGCUACUGGGACAGUGUUCAGAAAGUACUGAAAGAGAUCACAGAUGUGAAAGCUGUGGAGUGCAACGUUCACCAUCCUUAUUUGCAGUAUGGGGGUGUGUUUGACUGUAUUGGGAGAUACAGGGACAAGCUUUGUGUGAUUGACUGGAAGACUUCUCAGAAACCCAAGAAGUUGCUCGAUCACACUUAUGACAACCCUUUGCAAAUAGCUGCCUAUAUUGGAGCUGUCAACUUUGACAAGACCCUUGAUGUGAAGGUUGAUUAUGGACUGCUAGUUAUUUCAUACCCAAAUGGAGAGCCAGCACAUGCUCAUGUUAUAAAUAAAAGACAGUGCUAUGAUUAUUGGUACUUGUGGCUACGAAGGUUGAGAGCAUAUUGGCUGGCAGUGAACAAGAAAGCAUCUGAAACAAAUCUAUAGUAUCUGACAUAUACUAGAAAGAGAGCACUUAUAAAGAUUUAUUUCCUUAGCCAGAUUUCUCUCAAUGCAAAGAAAAUGGCAUUGUCAUCACUUAAGUUGUUAAAAAGUUCAAAUGUCUUUUGGAUUGAUUUCCCAGGAGCUUUUGGAUGUGUUUUGUGAUGGAUGUUGCUAGGUUAUGAGAAAAAUUCAAGAAAGAUUUCAAAGUUAUUUUCCAGAAAAUAAUUUCUGUUUCUUGAUUCAAAUUCUGAUGAAUUCCUAAGGUGGAAUGGCCUCAUUUAUAGAUUUCUGCCAUUGACAAUUUUUGUUUCUACAUACUGCAAAUGUGACACAAAGUUGUGAAAAGGUAGUAUACAAGCUACAAUUUUAAUCUUAUAAAGAUAUUAAAGUAACAGAAAAUGUGAGUGUAGAUUUUUUGCAACUAGAUAAAUCACUACUAUCAGUUUCUUAUACAACUCAAAUAAAUCCCACAUGACAAAAGAUAAACCAAAUUCAUCACUGAGUCAGCAAAAACAAAUCUUUAAGGCUUCACUCUCAAAAUAAAAAUUUUUGGUCAUUAAUUUCACCCAGUUAUCUAUCCUUUUAGUUCAUUAAAGUCUGCCACAUAAUGUAAAACUAGAAAUGUAUUAAGCGUUACUGCUGUUCAUAUAAUAGCAUUAUGCAAAGAGUUGGUGAAAUGACUGAAAAAAAAGAAAUAAGAAAAUAUCUGUUCAAACAUAAGUUUUGGGAAAUAUGAAAGGCAACCGUGUGGUAUUUUUGCUAUUCAAAACUAUACAGAGACCUACGUCAGUUGACAUUGUUGUCACUUCCUUCUUGCAUAACUGUCAUGAAAAUUUUUAUCAAAAUGUUUGGAGAACUUUUUGAGAUAACACAAACCGGGUAAAAUUUUUAUGCACUAUAUCCCAGCUUUCAAGAUACCUGGAAAACUAUAAUUUUCCCUCAAACUUCUGGUAGUCAUCUGUCUGGUUAAGAUAAAUGUAUUUUU